AUGGCUGUCUUGGUUACUGGUGCUACUGGAUUUAUUGCCCUGUGGGUUGUCGACUAUUUGUUAAAGGAAGGUUACGAAGUAAUUGGUACCGUUAGAUCUCAAGAAAAAGCUGACAAGUUAACUAAACAAUUUGGCUCAAGUGGGAAAUUAUCAUUUGAAAUUGUUCCAGAUAUUUCUGACAUCAAUUCAUUUGAUCACGUCUUUGAGAAAAGGGCAAAGGAAAUUGACAUUGUCAUCCAUACUGCAUCUCCAUUCCAUUACAAUACUACUGAAUACGAAACGGAUCUUCUAAUUCCUGCUGUUAACGGUACUAAGGGAAUUUUGAAUUCUAUAAAGAAAUAUGGUUCUCAAACCGUUAAAAGAUUAGUGAUUACAUCUUCAUUUGCAGCAAUUUUAGAUCCAUCUAAAUUAGCUGAUAAGGAUGCUGUCUUUACCGAAAAGAGUUGGAAUCCUACAACAUGGGAAGGAGCUCAAAGCGAUGUCAGUAAUGCCUACCGUGGUUCAAAGAAAUUUGCAGAGAAGACCGCUUGGGAAUUUCUAGAAGAGAACAAAGAUUCAGUUAACUUUAAAUUGACUACUGUUAACCCCGUUCUUGUGUUCGGUCCUCAAAAAUUUGAAGAAGAUGUCAAGUCUCAAUUAAACACUUCAAAUCAAGUUAUUAACAUCCCACUACAUUCCAAACCAGGUGAUAAAUUGAAUAACUCGCAAGGUAAUUACAUCGAUGUUCGUGAUGUGGCAAAGGCUCAUGUCUUGGCAUUUCAAAAGGAUGACUUAAUUGGCGAGAGAUUAGGUCUUUCCAAUGGUCCCGUUAACACUCAAGGUGUUUUGGAAGUUUUGAACGAGAAGUUCCCUCAACUAAAGGGUAAACUUGCCGACGGUCCUACACCAGGCGAAGUUAACAAAACAUCGGGGGCCUCAUUUGACAAUAGCUACACAAAGAAGAUUCUGGGAUUCCCCUUCAUCAGUUUGGAACAAUCUGUUUACGACACUGCGGCUCAAGUCCUUAAGAAGGAAGGUAAGUUGUAA